AUGUCAAACAUGGUUGAACUCAACAAGAACGGACGCCCUAUUGGUUGGCAUGGCCAAUGCUGGGUGUACUACAAGCAAAUGAUGGAGAUCGCGUUCGAUGACAAGAACGUUCUCGAGUACGCGAGUAGAACCAAGACGUUGGCUUCCAACGCGACGGACGAAGAGAAGUCGAAGUUCAAGGAGGGCCAAGUCAAGGUGAAGCAGAUCAUUAUGUCCUCGCUGUCGAUGGAGCUCGGACAGCAGGUCAUGAUGAAGAAGACCGGUACAGAAAUGUGGAAGUACUUGAUGGAUACGUACGAGGGUACGGCGAACGCAGCGACCCGUACGAACCAAGAGAUCAUUCUGUACAACAAGCUUCAAGCUGCUAAAUGUAAGCCGAACUGGGACGCUCGUCUACAUGUUAACAAUAUAGAUCCGAUCUUCAUAAACUUGUUGAUUCGGUCUUUGCCAGCAACCCACGAUUUGAUCGCCUGA